CGGGUGCGGGAGAGCGCGCUCCUGGAGGCGGGCGCGGAAGGACAGAGGUCGCUUCUUCCUGGCGGGGCCCCAGGAGAACACGAGUAGCUGCUGACAUCUCGCCGCCAUGGGGGGAGAUGGCCUGAUGGGCUCUUGGUUCUCCAUCAGGUUCGAGGAAGGACGGAGCCGAGGGUGGGGCGAGCACAGGGUGGAUGGGCUGUGUGUGCGAGUCAGAGAUAGUGUCGGGGAGAGGCCCGUGCCCAGGAAGCAGGCAGUGUGCCCCGGAGGAGGCCACGGGAGGAAGGGGCAUGCGGAGGUGCAGGUGCUGGCUGGGAGGAGGGGACGGUGCCCAGGAAGGGGGCGGUGUGGGAGCAGCCAGCCUCCUGGGGGAAGGCGCGAUCAAUGUCAGGCCAGAGUGUCCGCAGGAGAGGAGAGUGCCAGGAGGAAGGGGCACACAGAUCAGUGUCCAGUGGGGAGGGAACGAGCAGUUCCAAGCUGAAGGGGCAGUGCUCCGGAGGGCACAGUGUGAUGGGGUCAAUGCCAGGCUUCAGGGGCGGUGUGAGCAGGGCUCAGGGCAAGAGGACAAUGGUGGGGAGGGUGCGGUGCCAGGGGAAGGGAUAGUGCAGGCUUUCCUCUUUCCCAUAGUGACAUCAUGGCAAAUUCCCAAACUGAAAGGACCCAGCUCGGGUGACACCCAGCAGGGCCGAGCUGGGCCAGGCCGGCCUGAAGGGCCUCGGUGCCAGCUGCAGGGGCUCGCGCGGACUGUGCCCUCGGCAAGCACGCGUGCUGGCAGGGUAGGGCUGGGCUGGGCUGGGCUUCUCUGGGCCAAGGAUCAAGGUCUCUGGCUGGGGUAGGCCCCCAUGCGUUCCAGUGUUCCCAACAGGAAGACUGGAGAGGGCGCAGUCGAGCCUCCGCGGAGAGCGAGGAACCGCGCCACCUCGGCGGGAGGUGGGGGUCUGUCUUAUUGCGAUCCCGCCCUGGGGCGGGGUUAUCGACCUGAGGCCCGCCCUCAACACUGAAGUCUCCGAAGCGUAGUUCGGGGCGGAAGUUAGGAAGCCCCGAGAGCUAGGCGACGGAAGUGGCCGCGCUCCUGCCUGCCUGUGCGCAGGCGUUAUUCUAUUUCCUUGCGGCUGCAGUUUAGGCCGCACCUUUUCCCCUCUCCCGCUUGUUUCCUCCGCGCGAGGGGGUGCGCAUACUCCUAGUCGUGGUUGCGCGGUCAGCGCCCCUGGUGCCACCCUCGUCGCCCUGUUACCAUGGCCGGCAUUCUGUUUGAGGAUAUUUUUGAUGUGAAAGACAUUGACCCGGAGGGCAAGAAGUUUGAUCGAGUGUCCCGACUGCAUUGUGAGAGUGAAUCUUUCAAGAUGGACCUUAUCUUAGAUGUAAACAUUCAGAUUUAUCCUGUAGAUUUGGGUGACAAGUUCCGGUUGGUCAUAGCCAGUACCUUGUAUGAAGAUGGUACCUUGGAUGAUGGUGAAUAUAACCCCACAGAUGACAGACCUUCCAGGGCUGACCAAUUUGAGUAUGUAAUGUAUGGAAAAGUGUACAGGAUUGAGGGAGACGAAACUUCUACUGAAGCAGCAACACGUCUCUCUGCCUACGUGUCCUAUGGGGGCCUGCUCAUGAGGCUGCAGGGUGAUGCCAACAACCUGCAUGGGUUUGAAGUGGAUUCCAGAGUUUAUCUGCUGAUGAAGAAACUGGCCUUCUGAACCACUGGGAAGCCAGCCUUGCUGCUCAGUCACUCAGGCCAUGGACAUUUGUUCAAGUCUGAGUUGCAGUUGCUGUUGUCCGGCUCAGGAGGGGCUGGCUCUCUGUCCACUGUGGUGCUUCUCUCCCUGGUCUGGACUCAAUGGGAAACUGACUUGCCUGUGAAAGACCCAGCGGGAGAGUUUAAAAUGAACCAGAAGUUGUUUUUGUGUGUAUGGUUUUUUUAAAUUAAACUUUACUUUUUCAGA